AUGGAUCAACUUCGUUCGACGUCUGUCGUGAGGCGAUCUGAACGAGGAUCAGAAGUUGACUCCGUUCUUCUUAUCGUGGACGGCCAUUUUGUCAAGAGAAUUCGAUAUGCUCGUGUUGUAGCUGUGAAUCUCGGACAAUUAGCGGAACCGGGACUGGUUCGCCGCGAAAGUGUCUCGAUAGUUUUGGCUCGCACCUCGUCACUAAGACAUCUUCGGCGGCCAUCAUCGAAACCGAAGCCGUACCAGGAAGGAUUCAUCCGGGAAAAAACUGCUGGACCAGUACGAAUCAAUCCAAAAAAGUGCCUCUCCGGUGGAUAG